AUGACUAAAGCAUUACUCAUGGUUUGUCAAAAUGGACAUGAUAGGAAGAAAGAAUAUAGCAAACGUGUGUUGGUCAGAUAUGCUCGUCAAAAUAUACCACUACCGCCUGCAUCAUCAUUACAAUCGAAUAUAACAUCAACAUUACGAACAACAACGUCAAAUCCAUCAACAUCUUCAAAACGUUCGUCUUUACCAUCAAAACAGAAGAUUACGAAAAGAAUAAAAUUGGAUAUAACAUCAACAUCAGCAAAUUCAAAUUCAAAUGUGCCUAUGGAUGGAUACACGAUCUUGCAAAAUCAAGUGUUAUUUACUCUUAUGUGCAAGACGAAUUGUGAAGGUUGCGGAAAUCGUUGGAAUGGAACAAUUAACAUCAACAAACGCGAAGGUUUAUUUGUGAUUCUAUCUUUUCAAUGUUCAUCAUGUAAAAAUACCAUCACCAUUGAAACAAGUCCGAAGAUUGUUGCAUCAAAUCGCCGAGACAUCAACGUAAGAUCACAAAUAGGUGGCCAUUUAUGUGGUAUCAGACAUGCAGGAUUAGUGAAAUUGAUGGGUGCUAUGAAUUUACCGAGUCCCAUUCAAGAUGAAAGAUAUUCCAAAUGGGAUAGAGAUUUACUAAUUAUGGUAAAAUCAUUCAUCGGAAGAUCAAUGAAGAAAGCAAUAGAGGAAACUGUAGCUGCUGAAAAUGGUACAGAAUUAAUGGUUAGUGGAGAUGGAUUCUGGCAGACUCGAGGUUUCCAAAGCAGACAUGGUGCGGCUGCUCUUUUAUCUUGUAACACAACACCAAAAGUACUGGAUAUAGAAACAUGCAGUGCACUUUCUAUUAAAAAAUCCAAUCCAGCUAAAUAUGAUAAUAUUAUUAGAUCGCAUCGAUGUGAAAAAAAUUAUGAAAAAAGUUCUGGUACAAUGGAAU